GACCAUGUUAAUAUUGCGACAACGUACAACAAUUUGGGUUCGGUUUACAGUAAAAUGGGAGAGUACGAAAAAUCAAUAGACUUUUUUGAACGAACGAUAAAAAUUCAAACAAAAUCAUUUGGACCUCACCAUGUUAUUAUUGAAACAGUGUACAACAAUCUGGGUUCGGUUUACGAUGAUAUGGGAGAGUACGAAAAAGCAAAAGAUUUUUAUGAACGAGCGAUAGAAAUUCAAACAAAAACAUUUGGUCCUGACCAUGUUAAUAUUGCGACAAAGUACAACAAUCUGGGUUCGGUUUACAGAAAAAUGGGAGAGCACGAAAAAGCAAAAGAUUUUUAUGAACGAGCGAUAGAAAUUAAAACAAAAGUAUUUGGAGCUGACCAUGUUUAUAUUGCGACAACCUACAACAAUCUUGGUUCUGUUUACAAAGAUAUGGGAGAGUACGAAAAAGCAAAAGAUUUUUAUGAACGAGCGAUGAAAAUUAAAACGAAAGCAUUUGGACCGGACCAUGUUUAUAUUGCGACAACGUACAACGAUCUGGGUUUGGUUUACAAUAAUUUGGGAGAGAACAAAAAAGCAAAAGAUUUUUAUGAACGAGCGAUAGAAAUUCAAACAAAAACAUUUGGACCUGACCAUGUUUAUAUUGCGACAAUGUACAACAAACUUGGUUCUGUUUGCAAAGAAAUGGGAGAGUACGAAAAAGCAAUAGAUUUUUAUGAACGAGCGAUAAAAAUUCAAACAAAAUCAUUUGGACCUUACCAUGUUAAUAUUGCGACAAUGUACAACAAUCUGGGUUUGGUUUACAGUAAAAUGGGAGAGUACGAAAGAACAAAAGAUUUUUAUGAGCGAGCGAUGAAAAUUAAAACGAAAGCAUUUGGACCUGACCAUGUUAAUGUUGCGUCAACGUACAACAAUCUGGGUUUGGUUUACAGUAAAAUGGGAGAGUACGAAAAAGCAAAGGAUUUUUAUGAACGAGCGAUGAAAAUUAAAACAAAAGCAUUUGGACUUGAUCAUGUUUAUAUUGCAACAACGUACAGAAAUCUGGGUUUGGUUUACAGAGAUAUGGGAGAGUACGAAAAAGCAAAAGAUUUUAGUGAAAGAGCGAUGAAAAUUGUAACGAAAGCAUUUGGA